AUGUUGUCUCGGCCAGCCUUCAACAUCCGGAGACUGAUACCGCACCAGAGACGGCCCAGUGACGCCGCCGAGGUCAUCGACGAGGACUCGUCCUUCUUCUACCACGACGACGAAAUCGACGGCGCCUUCAAGGGUGCGAGCAGGAUCAAGUCAUGGAGACCGCCAAGGGGUUUCAGGAGAGGCUCCAAGCCGAGCAUUGAUCUCAGGCGGACCGAAGAUAUCCACCGCGUCGUCUGCAUCCCGCCCAUGCCCGACACGCCCCAGUCGUCGACGAGCUCUUUGUGCAGUUGCGAACAUGGCACAGACCACGUAAGCCCGCGGUCGUCGCCUCCCCGGCGGCCGGGCGGCAACAGGAGCCCUCAGAGGAGCCCGCUUCUUUGUCCAGAGCAGCUCGAGCACCCGCAGCGUACCCGGGGGAGAAGCCCCCCAGUGUCGCCGAGGAACUUUCGGGACAACGCCCCGCUUUCACCGCCGGCCACCCCGUCGCCUGUGCCUCGAAACCACGACGACUUCGCCCUGGACCCCGUGGGACCUCUGCCAGGGUCUGUGUCUGUGUCUGUGUCGCCCACUCUCGAAUCCGACAACGAGCCGCCAUCUCCCAGACUGAUGGCGGCAGAAGGCCAGCCGCCGCCAGCAAAGUCGGCGAGAAGAGGCUCUAGGGUGUAUUCGGAAGAUGCCCAGAAACUCAUGAGCCAGGCCGACGAGGCCUUCAAGCUGGGGCAUACGCUCGCCGAGGCGAGGCUCCCGUCACCAGUGCUCGCCAAAUUCCCAAAGCUUGAACCCCCAGCACAUCCAGUCCGCAGGAAGUCCCAAAGGAGCAGCCAAUCGUCGGUCAAGUCGCCGACAAAGUCGCCUUUGAAGUCCCCACUACUGCCCACUCCGACCCGACUCCCUUCGGCGGCGAGGACAAAGCGGACAAAGUCGAAGAAAUCCAAGCGGAGGCCCCGUGCGCCCCCAACAAGGCAGUCGUCCAUGUGGACAUUGACCGAGAGCGCCAAAGACCUGUUCACCAUCCGCAUUUUCCACCGGCUCGAGGCAGACGAGAUGCUGCCCGAGAGCACGCUGCGCAAGAUCAGGAUGAGCCGAGCAUGCCAGUCCCAAUACGGCAAGUCCAUCGAGGCAGGUGAGACGAUUGUCGAGACGGGGACGGCCACCACACCGGUCGAGUCGUCCCAUGUCGAGGACUCGGAGGCCGUGACUACAGAUGUGCCGGCAGCCCUGGGAGAGCCAGAGGUGCUGGUAUCUAGACAGGGGGGGAUUGACCGUGACGCCAGCACAACACCCAGGCCUGAGCAGCAACAAUGGCAAUCCCAAACACAACCACAGCAGCAGCAGCACCAGCAGCAGCAGCGCCAAUCCCAAUCCCAAUUACAAAUACAAACCCAACAACAACCACAAUCUUAUGAAUACAGAAAAGAACAGUCGCAGGGGCAAGACCAAGGGCAGGGGCAAGGGCAAGUAGAGCAGUUUGAGCACGAGAGCCAAGACGUUUUAUCACACCAGCACCAGGAACAAGCAUCACAGCAAGCCCGUCAGGAGCAGGAUGAGGAUGAGCAGCAGCAGCAGCAGCAGCAGCAGCAGCAAUCACAACAGGACUGGUCUGUCGCUUCCGAUGAGGACGACGAGGACGCGGCCGCAGCCUUGCCCAUCAUGAUGAUUACUCCCGACAAGCCACCACCGGCAAAGGCCAAGAGCACGGCCGCAAGCUCGCCGCCCAUGAAGAUGCAUCGCCGGCUGCCUAGCAGGCAAUUGCCGCCCCUCCCCACCAUCCCCGAGGUGAUUGCCACGGGGCCUGAAAACGCGGUGCUGUCGCCUACGUCGGUGCCGCCGCCGCCCUGGGGUUCGACGAGCAAGAUCAACAAGGACGACUUCGUCUUCUACUCCAGCACACCCUUCACCUUCAACAUGCCGACGUUCCGCCACGGGGACAUCCGCCUGGCCAAGGCCGACAUGCCCAUGGGGAAGCUGGCCGUCGACGACACGCUCGACUGGACCGCCUUCCAGAUGGCCAUCCUAGGCGGCGCCAACGACUUCUUCAGCGAGCCGACCGACUACUCGCGCCCGUCCGAUGCCGAGCUCGACGAGCGCGACGACCUCGUGGGUUGGUUCGCAGGCUUCGGCUUCGAGUCUCCUGGCGGUUUGCUGCUAGAGGCCGCCGUGGCUGCCGCCGCCGCCGCCACCUCCGAGUCGCGCACGCCCAAGCUGACACCGCACUCUGGCCGGGACGACUCACCGUCGUCGACGCCCAACAGCAGCCCGCGCAGCCAUCCCGGCGGCGGGCGCAGCCCCGGCAUGCUGGCAGUGCGGCGCGUCGACCCGCCGCCCAGCUCGCACGACGGCCCCGACGGCGAGCACUUUGGGCCCGAGCGGCUCGGCGACUCCAUUGCCAGCCGCUUCUCGCUCAGCCAGGAGCACCACCACCAGCCGCAGCACCGGCGGGCCAUGAGCGACGGCACCAACGCCAACACCAACCCGGUGGCGGCGGCGGUCGGCAACGGCGUGUGGCGCGACCGCGACCACCGGCCGCCGCCGUCGUCGCGCCGCCACGUCGGGCUCGCCAUCGACUCGUCGCGCCGCCCCAGCGUCGACAGCAUGCAGAGCCUGCCGCAGAGCCCCAUGCUCGACCUCGUCGUCAGCAAGGACGUCGACGGCAACGAGUACGUCGUGCCCAUGGGCUUCAACCUCGGCCACGACCUCGGCGACUUCCUCAAGUGGGAGGCUGAGCACGUCUUUGCCGCCGGCUACUACGGGCCCGACGAGUCGUGA